AGCAUCGAAUGGGAAUUCGAUGCAUUUUUUUAACAAGAAAAUUUCUUCAAAGACUCAACGUAAUUAAACUUAUCUUGUUCCAAUCGAACGAAAUGUUUGGAAAUAAUCUGAAAAACAAUUUUAAUCUAUAGCUAAAAGUGACCCUACAUAACAUAUAUACGUUCACGUUUCGGGUGCUUGGCUCGAUCAUGGUGCCAUAGAACCCUCAACUCUGUCUAAAGCGGGUGCUGCUGGCGUUGCAAGGACGAAAUGCAAACCUCCUGAAUUUUCUGGACGCACCCUAGGAGACGCGGGAGUUUGCGCGAACGGAUCAAUACAUCGUUCCCGGCAGCACGUGGAUUCAGCUCCUUGGUGGUCCAGCGCGGAUGCUGGGUCAGAUACGUUCAGUCGUAUCAUUCUCCCUUCUCGGUGAGGUUUCCCUCUGGUUUUUUACUUCCAGAAAGAGUUAGGCGCAACGCCGGUUUGCAGACUCCGGUUCACCUCAAGCAUCCUACUGCUGCAGGGGAUCUCAUCGGAUACGGAAAAAUGAGCUGAGUACGGGGGAUACUAAAAAUAAUAAACGAAGUAUAGGAGUGGAGGGGUGAAGAAGACUCUCGGGAAAACUGCAGCAUUGAUGGGGGUCUACGUGGCAGGAGUAGCCGGCGUGGCGGUAUUUUACGCGGCAGUUCUCGGUGUCGGUGUCUGGGCGGCGACGGUAAAAAAAAAUAAAAUGCAAAGGGGACAAGACGAUAUGCUCCUUGCUAACAGAGGCCUAGGACUCCUCCUCGGAGUGCUGACCCUCAUCGCAACGUGGGUUGGCGGUGGUUUUAUCAAUGGAACCGCGGAGGCGAUGUUCUCUAGAGGAUUGGCCUGGUGUCAGGUGCCAAUUGGCUAUAGUUUGAGUUUAUUAUUCGGGGCUAUCCUAUUCGUUAAGCCUAUGAGGAACGCCGAGUACGUGACGAUGCUAGAUCCUUUUCAACAACGAUACGGCGCCAGAGUUGGAGGACUUCUUUUUCUGCCCGCACUCUGUGGCGAUCUUUUCUGGUGCGGUGCCGUACUUAGUGCGUUAGGCAGCUCUCUGUCCGUCGUUGCUGGAGUAAACUCGAACAUCAGCAUAUGCGCUUCAGCGUUGUUGGCUGCUGUGUAUACCGUUUGCGGUGGUCUUUAUUCCGUGGCUUGUACCGACGCCUUGCAGCUGGCGUGCAUCGCUCUUGGUCUCGCUGUCGCAGCACCGUUUGCAGUUUUACAUCCGGCAGUCUCAUUGCAGAAAAAUCUUCUGCCAAAAGACUGGUUAGGGGAAGUCAAAGACGCGGACUUGGGCGAAUGGGUGGACGGCAUGUUGCUCCUGGUCUUCGGAGGAAUUCCGUGGCAGGGAUAUUUUCAAAGAAUUUUGAGCAUCAAGAGUACGUCGGUAGCGAGAACGUUGUCGGUGGCUUCGAUGAUCGGCUGCGUUGCCCUUGCGAUCCCAUCGGGACUCUUAGGGUUGGUGGCCAAAGCCACAGACUGGACUUUGGUGGAAGGUUUCAAUCGCACUAUUACUCAAAAUGACGCUAACGUUGUUCUACCGUUAGUCCUGCGCUAUCUUACGCCACAGUGGGUGUCGUUCAUAGGUUUAGGUGCAGUUUCCGCUGCUGUGAUGUCGUCCGCCGAUUCGAGUAUUUUGGCGAGCAGUUCCAUGUUCGCGAGAAAUAUAUACCGAUUAACCAUCAGGCCGAAGGCAUCAGAGAAAGAGCUCGCUUGGGUCCUCCGCAUUUCCGUUUUGGUUGUUUCGGGAUUAUCAGCAACUGUUGCCUUGACAGUAGGCAGCGUUUAUUAUCUUUCGUACCUCUGUUCAGAUUUGGUCUACGUAGUUUUAUUUCCUCAACUUCUUGCCGUCGUUCAUUGGCCUUCUUUGGUCGACACUUACGGAUGUCUUUUUGGAUAUCUUGUCGCGGUUGGACUUCGAGUUUCCGGAGGAGAAAAAGGCUUGGGAUUACCGCCGCUCAUCAAGUAUCCAUUUUUCGAUUCUGCAACUCAAACUCAAAAAUUUCCAUUUCGAACCUGCGCCAUGUUAUGCGCUGCGGUGACGCAAAUAGUCGUCAGUUUCUUCACAAGGAAUUUAUUUGGAAAGGGAUAUUUUCCGAGGUGCUGCGAUGUCCUGGGUGUUUAUUCACCGGGAAAACCAACGAAACAGUCCGGCGUCGUUCAGAGCAGCUCUGGGGCAGCGCUAAUCGACACUGUCAUCACCGAAGCACCGAGCAGUCAUGACUUGAGAGAAAAUCCUCCGGAGGCAAAGUACGAUGGUCAGUCGAUUCCUGAGGACUUGCAACACUACGAAACGGUGAACGAUCUCUACGAGAAACCCGAAGAGCCGAAAUCAGAGUCCACCAUUGUUCAGAACGCCAAUCAAAACCUGCAGAAUUUGCAGAGCAUCAUGCACACACCCGAGAUGAUUCAGGCGUUCGGGAACGCUAGCGGUCAAGCGAAUUACAUCGGGGAUCAAAUUUUGGGCGUUCGCAAUUUGGUGCAGCAGAAUUCUUCGGCGAGCGGUGGGGGACGACCUCCGGUCGCUUCGAAUGUCAUAGUUAAUAAUUUGGUGAAAGAACACAACCGGAUAAACAAGACCAAAGUUGUCCCGUGCGGUGCGACUAAUGUGAACAACGUGGUUUACGCAAAACCCUCGAAUAUCGAUAGAGCAAAAAACGGUGAUAAAAUUGCCGAUAAGAGCAUGAUGGAACUCAAUCUCAACAACGACUCUAAUAUCACCAAGAAAAAUAUAAAGGGGGUCAAGCUCAUUGGAAUGGAAGGUGGCACCUUGAGGAGACCUUCGUUGCAGGGUACGUUUUCCCCAACUCCAUCGGUCGAAUUAGUUCACAUCUUAGAUAGAAGACAGAGCAACACUUCGUACGGUCCAAGCUCAUUGUCUCCGGUGCCGGGUGUCGAAGCUUGUAGAACUCACGGAACGGCACCGGAAGGUCACGCCGGCAACGAGCACUGUCGGAUAAAGAGAGGAAUCGUGAGGCACCACAGCUUCAACGAGACUGGAGAUCGAGCAUUAACGACACUUGCGAGGCAGCCGAACUACCCUUCGAUGCCGUUGAGACCAGAGGACUGUCGACUCACAUUGAUAAAAAGGGAUAACAAUAAAUCAAAUAACUUGAUCGGCCGUCAUUCUUCGGUUGUCGACGAGCAGGGCCUUCUCGGCGAAAGUAUCGUCGUAAGUCCCACGUACACGAUGUACGCAUCGGCAGGUAAAACUUGCAAUUAUUUGAUCGCGGACGACGAGGCGGUCAGUAGGUUUUAAAUGAGAGAAUAUAUUUUUCCUCGAUAUUAGCUUUCGCGGUGGGUACGUAUUUCUGAAUAAUCGAACAAUUCAAUCGAAACGAUCUUAUCAAACGUAACUUCUGUUCCCUAUGGGGAACUAUAGUUCGUAUCGGUUCGACGGGGAUGACUCGAUAAUAUUUAUUCGACUGCGGCUAAAUUUUUGAAUAAGUUGUAACGCUUCGUCUAGAUCAAGGAGGCUGAUGGUGACGUACAAUCUGAUGAAAGUGAGUUGAUACUAUCGAUUGAAAGAAAAACUCUAACUGGUAUAUUUUCCGUAUCGUGAACUUCUAUUUUUAAUCUUAUGUCACCAACUUUCUUAAUUUGUAAUAUUAAGAUUGUCCAGUGCUUUGAUUAAUUUCAUGUAAAUACGUAGCUGAAUACGUAGCCGUAGGAUAUGAACUAAUAAUCGCACUGAAACGAGUGACAAUUAUUUGUAGUUUCCAAUAAUUCUACGAUAGGUCGAACAAAAAAAAUUGAUUUACUAUAGGCAUAGAUGUAAUUUAGGUAUCUUGUACUCGUAUAACGUACGUAACAUUUUCGGCACAGAACACUCGAAAUACAAUAUCCCCAGCAAGGGUAUGUAGUUUAUCACGAUAUAAUGGGACAUGUAUGUACUUGUAGGUAUAUUAAUAGGUAGCAAAAGAAAAAAAAAGAAAACGUUCAAACGUGCAAAGUCAUCAGAUAAUCGAAUGAAAUGAUAUUUUUGCACCAGUAGCCGAUUAGGUAUAAUAAUUUAAUCUGUAGUAAUAAUAUUUCUAUAAAUACACAAUAGAUAUACCUGUAUAUGUAUAAAUCUAGUCAUUAUCUAAUGAUUAUAAUGCGACAAAUUGAAACAACUGCAGCAACAAUAAUAAUUAGUGUUAAAUUAUUUAAGCAUAAUUUUAAUCAAUCUUAAUAAGGUCGUGCUGAUAAUUGGUAUUAUAAAUGGAAUGAAUGGCACGCGACAUCGAAAGGAAACAUUAGAAUAUUCCGAAAACCAAGGCUAUAAUUAAAUAAUAUUUCAUUUAUUAAAACAUUUAUCGACAGUAGAUUUCAUUUUUGAAAUAUAUUUCCACUAGGUCAAUCCAAAUUGGGCGUUCUGCGUGAAAGCGAGCCUGAAUUACGCUUGUCAGUUAUACCGGUACGUCUCUAGCACAUUGCAGCAGUAUUAGAUAAUCCCUUUACCAAGACUGAUACGUCGUCGCACAAUCCCAAUGGAUAUAAGAAAUUUUCAAUACCGAUCGCAUGAAAUUAUUAGAGAAUUUCACGCAGGAAGCUUACGAUAGAAUUCGUUUUGUUAGGUUCGAAUACUUGAAUUUAUGGUCUUCAUGUUUACCGUUCACGUGAAUAUAUUGGUAUACCUAUACGGUGUGAGGAACUGAACCCUUAAUUAUAAGUAUAACAGGUAUGGGUUCAAAUAUGAGACCCGUGAUUUUGUACAAAUUAACAUCAUUACCUGCAUCAGUAUUACUAGCUAUAGGAAAAAAGGAAAUCACAAUUUUCAGAUUUUUGAUUCUGCCGAUCGAUUAUCCAUCGUCCAGCAGAAAAGAUAAUUUUACAACAGCCGAAAACUCAAGAUCAAUUCAACGCUCGGCUAUGAUUGACGAAUUUUUCUAUGUACCUAUAUACAAUCGAGCCAAUAAUGAUAGUGAGAUAACUUAUGAUCAGAAGAAAUGAUGAUACUUUAAAUUUGCACUGUAUUUAUAAUUGCGGAAGUAUUAGGCAAGCAUUACACAAGCACUGUGAAAUAUAAUCGCCUAAUAAACCGACCUAGUCUUCACCCUGUUUAGAAUAUAAAUCAGAGGGGUGUGUAUUGUGAAUUACGUGCCAAAGUUUAAGCUUAAAUAAUUAGAGUACCGUAACUCUACGUCACGUAGAUAGUUACAGGUACACUAUAUAAUAGAUUAAUAAUUAAUAUAGGUAUCAUAUUGACGUCGAUAGUACCGUGACUAUGAGAGGUCUAAUUUCAGAGCCUAGUCUGUUUUCAUAUUGGCUAGUCACGAAUUCAUUGAUGAUUUACUGACUUUCUGGUAUUCUAUAGUAUUCCAUCCUUAAAUUGUAAGUCCUAAAUAUUACGAUUGUAUCGUCUAACAUAAUUGUAGAAAUAAUCGGAUCUCGGUAUACCUAAACGUAUACCGUUACGUCGCCGUUGAUAUACAAAUUAUACAUAACGUACUAAUUAUUCAGCUCCUGUCAAACCAGGAAUUCCAAUAUACAAUAAAUAUAUUUGAUAGCAAAAGCACCAAUUUAAUAAUUGUGGCGAAUUAAGGGACUAAAUAUGAUUAAUUAUCUGCCAAGUAACCAGUACAAAGUUCAUGUAACUUCCUAAUUUCAUCUGAACAGUUUAAUCCUACGAUAAAACAUGUAACCUUUAAGUAUUAAAAAAAAAAAUGUACGUUAUACACCAUAUAAAAAAAAAAAAAUGAUGAUAAUAAUACCUUGAACUGUUUUGCUGGCACUAUAUUAACAAUUUGUAUAAAUGAACCUUGUUAUCUCAAUAUAAGAACACAAAUCUGGAAAAAAUAAGUGAUAACAAUAACAAUCAUUCAAUCAUAA